AUGAGUUGGACGUUCCUCAGAGACCUCCUGAGUGGAGUAAAUAAAUACUCCACUGGGAUCGGGCGGAUCUGGCUGGCGGUCACGUUCAUCUUCCGUUUGCUGGUCUACAUGGUGGCGGCAGAGCAUGUAUGGAAAGAUGAGCAGAAAGAGUUUGAGUGCAACGUUAGACAGCCUGGUUGUGAAAAUGUGUGUUUUGACUACUUCUUCCCCAUCUCCCAGGUCAGACUUUGGGCCUUACAACUGAUCGUGGUCUCCACGCCUUCACUUCUGGUGGUUCUACAUGUAGCCUAUCGUGAGGGUAGAGAGAAAAGGCACAGGAAGAAACUCUAUGUCAGCCCAGGCACCAUGGAUGGGGGCCUGUGGUACACUUACCUGAUCAGCCUCAUUGUUAAAACUGGUUUUGAAAUUGGCUUCCUGGUUUUAUUUUACAAGCUCUAUGGUGGCUUUAGUGUUCCCUACUUUAUGAAGUGUGAUUUGAAGCCUUGUCCCAACACUGUGGACUGCUUCGUCUCCAAACCCACGGAGAAAACCAUCUUCAUCCUCUUCUUGGUCAUUACCUCAUGCCUGUGCGUUGUGUUGAAUUUCACUGAACUGAGUUUUUUGGUCCUCAAGUGUUUUAUUAAGUGCUGUCUCCAAAAAUACUCUAAAAAACUCAAGUCCUCAGUGUGUGAGUGCCACAACCUCAGAUAUGUUAAAUAUGGUGAGAUGGGGGCCCCUCCCUUGCUCCAGAAGCACCAUUUAGACUCAGCCAUGAGCACAGCCCAGGGAGGGGAAACAAAGGUACUCUGUGGCACACGAGAGGCUUAA